CCUGCUCAAUUAUAUAUCAUGAAUUGGUGAAUCUCUUUAAACAUGUGAAUAGAGAGUAUUGCAGUUUUUUAUUCCGCUCCAAACGCUUCUAAUGGCGUCGAAACCAUGCCAAAACCUGCUGCUCAGCAGCCGGUUCAGUCGACCAAGCUCCGUCUUGUCUCAUAGACAGCCUAUACGGUUGACGUCUCGAUGUCCACGCCGAUACUACUCCGAUGGCUCCGACGAGAAACCGGAUUUCAAGGGUCAAUUGUACGAGAGCACCGCUCUCCGCGUCAAGAGAGAAAAGGCGCAACAACAGCGUCAUGCGGAGAUGCGCGUGCAGCAAGCGUCUGAGAAAGCCGCAACCUCCCCAUGGCAGUACGGGCUCCUAAUUACGUUAUUCACCCUCGCCGGCCUCGGUUUUGGGUAUAACUAUGGCAGCACCUCCAAUCCUCCGAACUCCGACUCCUCGACCUUACCGCUCUCCGAAACGCGCCCUCCUGAUUUGAAUACUGAUGCCACCUCCCUCCAAGCGGCCUGGGCUGAGAUACGCAGCAUCGUCGGCCCCGAACACAUCUCCACCGACCAUGACGACAUCAUAGCCCAUGCCGGCUCGUACUGGUCUUCGCACAAACCCGAGGACCCCAAUGCCGACAAUCCGUUCAUGAUCGUGCGUCCAGCGUCCACCGAAGAAGUCUCCGCGAUCAUGAAGGUCUGCCAUGCGCGUCGUAUUCCGGUCACCGCAUACUCCGGCGGCACGUCGUUGGAAGGACACUUCGCCGCGACGCGGGGCGGCGUCACGGUGGACUUCAUCCGUAUGGACAAAAUCCUAGCGUUGAAUAAGGAGGAUUUGGACGUGGUGGUGCAACCGGCCGUGGGCUGGGAAGCGCUGAAUGACGUUAUCGGAGACGACGGAUUAAUGUUCCCACCCGAUCCCGGUCCAGGCGCCAUGAUAGGCGGGAUGGUCGGGACGGGGUGUUCGGGCACCAACGCAUAUAGAUAUGGAACUAUGAGGGAAUGGGUCUUAAGCUUGACCGUCGUCCUGGCCGACGGCACCAUCGUGAAGACGAGGCAACGCCCACGGAAGAGCUCGGCCGGCUACGAUCUGACCAAGCUUUUUAUUGGAAGCGAAGGAACGCUGGGUCUGGUUACCGAAGCAACGUUGAAGUUGACCGUCAAGCCACAGAACACCAGCGUCGCUGUCUGCAGUUUCGGAAGCGUGCGACAAGCUGCCGACUGCGUGUUCAGCGUGGUCGGUGCGGGCGUUCCCAUUGCUGCGAUCGAGAUCCUCGACGACGAGCAGAUGAAGUGUAUAAACGACGCCGGAAUGACGUCGAGGCAGUGGAAAGAGGCGCCGACGCUGUUCUUCAAGUUUGCGGGAACGUCAUCCUCGGUCAAAGAGCAUAUCGCUAUCGUACAGAAAUUGGCGAAAUCGACCGGCAGCAAGUCAUUCGAGUUCGCCAAGAAUGACGAUGAGGCGAAUGAGCUUUGGAGUGCAAGAAAGGAGGCUUUGUGGAGUGUGGUAGCAAAGAAGCGAAGCCUGGACGAUCGAGUGUGGACGACGGACGUUGCGGUCCCGAUCAGCAAACUAGCGACGAUCAUCGAAGAGACCAAGGACGACAUGAAGGCGAGUGAGAUCCUUGGGACAAUCGUUGGACAUGUGGGAGAUGGGAAUUUCCACGCUAUCCUCAUAUAUAAUGCCAAAGAACAACAGGCCGUCUCCGGCCUCGUCCACCGAAUGGUCAAGCGGGCUAUCGAGCUCGAAGGGACUGCCACAGGCGAGCACGGCGUGGGUCUCGUCAAGCGAGACUACCUCAACCACGAGCUCGGGGAGACGACGGUCGAUUUGAUGCGGAAGGUACGUGGAUUUCGAGUUUGUCAUCGGUGGUGCGCGCGCCGAACUUGCAGGUUGCUCGACCGCCGUCCGUAGCGAGGGUGGGAUCCGCGGACGCGGAGAAGCGGGCACCUGCAGGGUCGAGGAGAAUGAUGCUGUGGUUCGAAUCCGGGGGAGAGACAUGUGCUGACGACGUGGUUUUUUGCAGUUGAAACGUUCGUUCGAUCCGCUCUGCUUGCUGAACUGCGAUAAGAUCGUGCGAUCGCAGCCGUUGAAGAAGGGGGAGGUGGAGGAUUGGUAGAAGGA